GGCGGGGCCAGCAGGAAGUGCCGACGCGCUGACGGGCUGCCGAUGGCGACACCCGGCGGCUUGUAAACGCGGGCGGACGCGGCAGUCAGCCAGGCCUCCUCUGACAAGGAGAGGACGGUGGUUGGCGGCGCGCGAUGGACCUGACCGGACUUCUCCUGGAUGAGGAAGGCACCUUCUCCCUCACCGGCUUCCAGGACUUCACGUUCCUCCCUGGACACCAGAAGCUAAGUGCCAGGAUCCGAAGGAGACUCUAUUAUGGCUGGGACUGGGAGGCCGAUUGCAGCCUGGAGGAGCUCUCCAGCCCCGUGGCAGACAUUGCGGUGGAGCUGCUCCAGAAGGCAGCCCCUAGCCCUGUUCGCCGACUCCAGAAGAAAUAUGUGGCUCAUGUGUCACGGGAGGCAUGCAUCUCCCCAUGUGCCAUGAUGCUGGCCCUGGUGUACAUUGAGCGCCUCCGGCACCGAAACCCAGACUACCUGCAACACGUGUCAUCCUCUGACUUGUUCCUGAUCUCCAUGAUGGUGGCCAGUAAGUACCUCUAUGACGAAGGCGAGGAGGAGGAGGUCUUCAAUGAUGAAUGGGGAGCUGCUGGGGGUGUGGCAGUACCCACUCUGAAUGCCCUGGAGCGGGGCUUCCUGCGUGCCAUGGACUGGCGUCUCUACACAGACCCCCGGGAGAUCUUUGAGGUGCUGAGCUGGCUAGAGUGCUGUGUGGCUGAACAGCAGGGACGGCGGCGGGGCUGGUACACCUACACAGACCUGUGUGUGCUGCUGGAGCAGCCGACCUGGCAGCUAGCCCUGGGCUCCCUCUGUCAGCGGCUGGUAAAGCUGUCCUGCUUGUUAGUGGUGGCAUACGUGAGCAGUGUGGCCUUGGCCGUGGCAUCAGUGGCAGUCAUGCACCAGUCCUUAGGACUCUCUUGCAGCCCUGCACCUGGUCCUCCCAACCUUGGAUUGACCUCCAGGUGCCUUUUGGAGCCCUGUACUCCUUCUCCUUUGCCGCAGUGCCUGCCGUCUCCUAACAUCUCCAACUGCCUCGGAGGUGACAUGGGACCGUGUUUUCUCUGGGGCAGUCUUCUGGCGCCCCUGGCUCCUCCUCCGCUGCCUCCCCCAGAACCUCCUGCCCCUCCCACUCUUCUUUAUAACUGCCUCCUUUGCCAGAAGCUCCAGAGAGACUCCCCAAUUUGCCAGGCCUGCCACCAUCUCAACCACACACUUGCCGCCAGACCUCCGGACACUGAGUACCAUGCCCCUGGCCCAGCCCUGGCCUGGCCCUGGAGCCCAGAAUCUCCAACGCUUGCCCAGUCCCAGCAGUGUUCAUUGUGCAGUGUCAUGGAGCUGUCCCGCCUCAAGUCUUUUAUUUUUCCAGGCUAGGUAGGUCUCCAAGGAAUGCCUUACGAGGAUUUGGGAGUCUCUUAAGAACCUGGAGGAGCAAAGCUUGACUUCGAGCCUCCCUACCUCUUUGGGUCCUUGGCUGGUCCCCUGUCCUCCUGGGGAGGAGCUAACAUGAUUAUGGGGCAGACGGACUUAAGGUCAUUAGGUGGGUCACCCCUGCACCUCAGAGGCUGGCUGCCUGGCCAGACAGUGAUGAUGCCAAGGAAAGCUCCAGCUCGGUGACCACCAGCAUGCCACAGAUGAACAGAGGAAAGACUCCAACUUGACCUCCCCCGGGCUCUUCUAAACUUGUGCUUUUGAGUUCCCUAGGAUGAAAGGAGCAGUGUGGGAGGUAGGGGCAUUGGGGUAAGAGGAAGAAGUAGCCACUGGCCUAGGCCUAUGUGAGGUCCCAAAGGCAGGAGAGCCAGGGACUGAUGGGGUCAAGGUCAGAGCUGCUGGAGGAAGUGUGAGUGAGUGAGGUUGGCACCAUCUCCCUACCCAGCCCCUGCCUGUAAUCUAAUGGAGCCAUGAACUGCCAGGACCUUUAGUCUUAACCUUGUGUUCCAACCAUACUGCCCCACUCCUAGGCUUCCCCCUCUUGUGGUUCUUCUCUGGGAUGAUCUAUCCACAGCCCUCUUUGUAUCUGGGUUUUUCACGCUUUUGUAGAACUGAAGUUUCAAUAAACAGUUUCAGUUGCA